AUGCCGCGGCGAGCGAGCACGGCGACGUACGCGGCCAGCGACGAGGAGGAGGUGAACGUGACGGACGCCGACGGCGACGGGGUGGCCGGAGGGGGCGGCGAGGGCGACCUGGAGGCGGAGGCGCUGGCGGCGGCGCCCGUCGACCUGACGAGCCGCCCCCGGUCGCCGCCCGCCUCCGGCCGGGGGCUCGCAUUCUCCGUGGAGAACAUCCUCGACCCGAACAAGUUCACGGGGCGCACCGCCCCCUGCUGCUGGAGGCGGGACGCGGAGGCGGGUGACGACCAGUGCUCCGGCAAGGAGCUGUCGUACCACAGCGACGACCUGGACGACGGCUCCAGCAACCGCGAGGAGCUGUGCAGCGACGCCAGCGACGCCAAGAGCACGGGCAGCGGCGGCGGCGGCGGCGGGGGCGGCGGCAAGAAGAAGAAGUCCGGCGGGGACGGCAAGCAGCAGUCCGGCGGCGGCUCGGGCGGCGGCCAGUCCGGGGGCGGCAAGCCGCGGCGCGCGCGCACCGCCUUCACCUACGAGCAGCUCGUCGCGCUCGAGAACAAGUUCAAGACGACGCGCUACCUCUCCGUGUGCGAGCGGCUCAACCUGGCCCUGUCGCUGUCGCUGACGGAGACCCAGGUGAAGAUCUGGUUCCAGAACCGCCGCACCAAGUGGAAGAAGCAGAACCCCGGGAUGGACGUGAACAGCCCCACCGUGCCGCCCCCGGGGGCCGCGGGGGGUCCGCCCCACUUCCCCGGGUCGUCCUUCCCCCCGCACCACCAGCACCACGCCGCGGGGCUGCUGUACUCGGCGGCGCACCAGCUGCCCUACCCCUACCCGCUGUCGGCGGGCCCCCCUCCAGGCGGCGUGCAGGGCUACGGCGCGCACCCCUACUUCCACCACCUGGCCGGCCACCACUCGCUGGGACACUCGUCGUGAGGCCUCUCGCUGGGAUCUCCUAGACGGCCGUGGGCGGUGGUACCUCGAGACCAGAAUACCCUCCUGGGACACUUGUCGUCGACCCUCUGAGAGGUCAUGCCAUCCACAUCGGAGUACCUUUCGCUGGACGCUCGUCGUGGGAUCUCCUAGAUGGCCGUGGGCGGUGGUACCUCGAGACCAGAAUACCCUCCUGGGACACUUGUCGUUGACCCUCUGAGAGGUCAUGCCCUUGGAUCGAGAUCAGAAUACACUCCUGGGACACUCGCCGUUGACCCUCUGAGAAGUCAUGCCAUCCACAUCGGAGUACCUUUCGCUGGACGCUCAUCGUGGGAUCUUCUAGACGGCCGUGGUCUGUCUCUGGGGCACUUGGGCGGGGGUACCUCGAGAUAAGAAUACCCUCCUGGGACACUUGUCGUUGACCCUCUUAGAGGUCAUCGUGAAAAUCUUCUAGGUGGCCCAUGUUCUGUCUCUGGGACACUUCAUAUAAGUGUUUGUUUCCUCAAGAUCAGAAUAGCAUUCAUUGGGAUACACUCGCUGUUGGCCCUCUGAGAUGUCGUGCCCUCCAUAUCGGAGUGUCCUUCGUCGGAUACACGGGCUUCGGUGUACUCAUCGUGAGAUUUUCAUGUUUCUCGUUAAUUUUGGAUCUGAAUGCCUUUCGGAAGUUUUGUCUCUGAGGAGAUUCAUUAUAUUAAUUAUAUCUGAAUACCACUCAAGGUGUAUCAUGCUCCUGAAACACUUUUAAUGAGACCCAUAUGUGGGCAUAACUUCCAUAUCUCUCUGGAAAUGAUGUUCUUACUACACUAUUCAGGAGUAAAAGCCAUUCACGGUAAAUUUAGAUCUUUGAAAAUACUUCAAGGUGUCGAGGUGUCAAUACCAUCGAAAGCCGAGUGAAGUUCGUCUGAAAUCAUUCAGAAGUUUAAAGUUUAUAAUCGAAUAUAAGUUGGGUGAUGGAAAAUGGAAGACGCUGUAUGUAAACAGAACUGCCAUAAUAAAAGAAGCAGUUUCUGAGGAACAAAUAAGAAUAACCAAGUGGUAAUACUCCUCUGAAGUUUUUAGAGCCAUUAUUUUGUACUUUUUUUUUCACCAUCUUGUACUCUUGGUGGCACAUCAUUUGUCCUUUUACAACUCACUGGCCUUCUAAGGUCCAAAUAUACAGGGCUUGCUUGGUUGUGUACAAGUCACCUAUGGACCCAUGUUCUACAGAUCUGAGACACACUCUUUGAAAAAUCAAUAAAAAAUUCAAGCGAGAUCUUUGAUAUGGUUAUUCUUUAUCCAAUCUGGGAGAGACUAAGAACAGACAAUCUUCGUGUAAUAAAACACGAGAAAUAUCUUUCUGAAUCAGUAAAAAAUCAAGAAUCAGAUUCCAGCGAUUCGCAGUCAGAUAUAUCUUAUUUGGAAUAACAUUUCUACUAUUUCAACAUUGUCAACUAAUACUUGAAAGAAUAUCUGCUCUCAUAACCACUCUACCGAGUGUAAGAAGCACUACUUCUGCAAAUUGGCUGGACUUUACUGAAUGGAAUACUCAUCACAAGGUUUUUAAAAAGGUUUUUUCCUUUUAUACCAGAAUGCCUCGCAAUGGAAAUUAUAACCCUGGGGCACUGGUGGAAAGACAUGUAUGUGGCCAUGCCCCUUAGCAAUUUUAAAGGUAUUCUGAAUCAACGUCAGCGAGCUAAUAAAGUCCACGGAAUGCCAGAAUACAUCUUCAUUGGAUCAAUGAAACCAUUAACAACAUUUCCUUAUUUUCAUCAUAGAUGUUGUCGUUGUUUAAGUAACAUUUUAAAUGAUUGGAGCAAUGUUUCUACUGUUUGAGCUUUGGAAAGUAGAUCAUUUUACGAACUUCUCGCAAUUUAACGACGCAAUUUUAGCCUCUGGCUUGACUACUAUUGAAUUAUACUUUUUUAAGUGCUAAAUCAAAUACUGUCUCUGUUAUAAAAAAUAUUCAAAUAAUACAUUUUACCGAUUGGUGAUUUUGUGUUUAAAAAAAAAUUAUUCCGCUAGCUCAGACAGAUCAGACUCCUGCAAUUAAAUCUGCUGCAUUGUAGUCACUGAGUCCUACGUAUAAUUUCAGUGGCUGAAAAUUUACAAUUUUCGAUAUAAAUCACACUGUUUCUAAGCGCUCAUUUAUAUAUUAUCAAAUAUUUCUCAAACCUUGUUAAAAUAUACAGCAUUUCAGAUGUAGAGCAUCUAACCAGAUAAAGUGACUAGCAGAAAAUCACUGCAAAUGGACGAAUUAGGCGAAUCAAGCCACAAGCAACAGUAUCUGAAACACUAAAUGUAUUUCUCUGUCUCCGCCUCUCUCUCGUAUUAAUUAAUUCACAUUCAGGAUUUCACAGUAAAGUAUUGGUUAAAAGAUUUUUUUUUGGAGUGAGACCAAAAAUCUCCUCUUUCAAAAAUGAAUAAAACUUAUUUUACUUAGGCAAGUAAAAUUUAGGUAUAGUAAAAUUAGGUAUGUUUUUAAAAUUAAUUUGAUUGUAAUAAUUCUGUUUCUCGUUGCUGAUUAAGUCACCCUAUAACUGAUUUUCCUUCCUUUAAUUAUAUCUUUGAAAUUGACUGACUUAUACUAGAUAGUGAAUAUACAUAGGACUAAGAAUUUUCUAAGGGCCUCUGUUAUCUGAUCACUGUUUGUUGUUUGAUUGUUUGUAGUCAGUAGGUAUAAUAAUGAAAAUCGUCAAGAUCCUCUUUGAAAGAACAACACAAUCAACUCUUGCGUACUUAGCGUUACAGUAAAACCUGAAUAUUUUUGUAAAAAAAUGACAAAUGUCUCUAGGUUCAGCAUUCCUUCUUUCUUUUCCCAUUACCCAAGAAAUUACAAUAAUUUGUUUGCAACAUUGUUACCAGUGACUCGCAUUUUAACACACAAAUCAGUACGAUGCAUCUUUGGGUUUAAUGAAUAAGUGUUUUUAAACAUGCUUGUUAAAAUACAUAAGAAAAUAAAAAUAUUUCAACUUGCUCCUAGCAAUUAACUAUUCAAUUCAAUAAGAAAGAAUUUCCAAUGAACUGAAUUUAUGCAACACGUACACAUAUUUCAAAUUUGCAACUUUUAUAUGAAUUAACUUAAGUAUUGAUUCAAUAACUUUGAAGUGAUACCUAUUAAGUUUUCAAUGUGUUUUUUUUUUUUUUACUGAGAAACCUUUAAUAGUUCGAAAGCAAAGAAAUACUUAAAGACACAAAAUGUUUCAAAUACUGAUGCCUGGCAUAGGAAAAACACCUUUCGUUGCAAGUCUUCGAGAUCCUGAAUUCCGAAAAUGGGGCAAAAGAAAAAAUCGAAGUCACUGAAUUAGUGGUUUUUGAUUGUAAAUCGUGAGCUAAACUCAAAAGGUGAAAAACGAAAUCCUGUGGUGAGAAGUUUUCUUGGAACUCGCUUCUUUUUGGUGAGACCAACAAGCGUUUGCGGGUAGUAAAAAAACCAGUUGUGUGGUUGUGCUUCGAACAUACGGCGGCAAAGAUUCUUCUUCUUCUCCUGUCUCCUGUCGCACGAGGAAAAGACCUUACAGCAAGCAGACCGAGAAGACAUGUGUCGCGACAUUUUUCUGUGAAAACGUUCUCUGUCCGAACCUGGUAUUUAUUGUUGAGAGAUCAUGAUGAAUAUUGUGAAAAUGUUAGAUUUUUCCGUAAUAAUGAACUGUGGUAACAUUUUU